GAACAUCUUACAAUAUUUUAGUAUCUUACUCUUAAUUUAUUCAAAAAUAUAUAAAGCUACAAAUAGUCUAUGUGAUUACUCUUCCAAUAUUAUUCUGGUGAAACAUUAGAGGCAACAAUAAUUUGUUCUAAGAUCAUUUAACGUUACACAUUCACUUAUGUUUUCUCGAAAAAAAAGCACGAUGUGUUUUUCCACCGACCUCUCCGUGAUCAAAAAAUGUGGAUUCAUUUCAGCAAACUGAGAAUCGCCACGUGGAUGGACCAUAUCAGAUGUGAUCAUGUUUGCUUGCCCUUUGUUUUCUUUUAAUUCGUUCGUUGCACCGUAAAUUCACGACACGUGUCCAUAUUUCAAAAAAAUUUCACAUCAUCCCGUUAUGUCGUUUUACUUAUAAAAAAGGACCACGAAAACCAAAGUAUCACAGUAUUCAUCUUUUGCAAAAGAAGAAACUGAGAGCAUCUUCAAUUAUUAACACUUACACAAGAGAAAGAGAGUGAGAGAGAGAGGGAGAGAAUGGGAGAAGAGUCAGAGGCUUUUGCCACGAUGGCGCCGUUAGCUCCGGUGACGGGUGAGCGAAAAGUGCGGAACGAUUUGGAGGAAACAUUACCAAAACCAUAUUUGGCAAGAGCAUUAGUAGCUCCGGAUACAGAGCAUCCGAAUGGAACAGAAGGUCAUGACAGCAAAGGCAUGAGUGUUAUGCAACAACAUUGUGCCUUCUUCGACCAAAACGGCGACGGAAUUGUCUACCCUUGGGAGACCUAUGCAGGAUUUCGUGAUCUCGGUUUCAACCCAAUCUCCUCUAUCUUUUGGGGCUUCCUCAUAAACUUAGCCUUUAGCUACGUUACACUUCCGAGUUGGAUUCCAUCACCAUUAUUGCCGGUUUAUAUUAACAACAUACACAAAGCCAAACAUGGGAGUGACUCAAGCACCUAUGACACAGAAGGAAGGUACGUCCCGGUUAAUCUCGAGAACAUAUUUAGCAAAUACGCGCGAACAGUGGUGGAUAAGUUAACAUGGAAAGAGGUUUGGAACGUAACCGAGGGAAACCGAAUGGCAAUCGAUCCUUUUGGAUGGUUUUCAAAUAAAGUUGAAUGGUUUCUACUUUAUAUUCUUGCAAAGGAUGAGGAAGGGUUCUUGUCUAAAGAAGCUGUGAGAGGUUGCUUUGAUGGAAGCUUAUUUGAAUAUUGUGCUAAAAAGAAUAAGGAGAUGAAGGCCAAUUCUCGCAAACAAGAUUAAGAAAUUUGUUUACCUUUUGUUUGAAUAUUGUGUUUACCUUUAUGCCUUCCGUUUCAAUAAGACUACAAAACAUAUGUAUGUAGAAGAAAAAAUGUUGUGUAAAAUCUGUUAAAUAAAAUUUAUGCAUAAAUUUAUUCAAAUCAUUUAUACAAAUUAACGUCAUAUAUCUUGUCAUCUACUCUUCAUAAAACUGAAAUUGCUAAUUA